AUGGUGGCGCCGGCCGCGGAGGCGGUGGCCGGCCGCAAGACCUUGCCGGACGAGUGCAAGACCCUGUGGCAGAUCGCCGGGCCGGUCAUCCUCACAGGCGUCUUCCAGUUCCUCAUCGGCUUCGUCAGCGUCACCGUCGCCUUCGUCGGCCACAUCGGCAAGGUUGAGCUCGCCGCCGUCUCCAUUGUCAUCGGCGUCAUCGAAGGCCUCGGCUUCGGGCACACACAGCAGAUGGUGGCACCGGCGGCGGAGGCGGAGGCGGUGGCGAUGGCCGGCCGCAAGACCUUGCCGGACGAGUGCAAGACCCUGUGGCAGAUCGCUGGGCCGGUCAUCCUCACCGGCGUCUUCCAGUUCCUCAUCGGCUUCGUCACCGUCGCCUUCGUCGGCCACAUCGGCAAGGUCGAGCUCGCCGCCGUCUCCAUUGUCAUCGGCGUCAUCGAAGGCCUCGGCUUCGGCCUCCUGCUGGGCAUGGGGAGCGCCCUGGAGACGCUGUGCGGGCAGGCGGUGGGGGCCGGGCAGCUCCACACGCUGGGCGUCUACAUGCAGCGCUCCUGGAUCAUCUGCCUCGCCACGGCCGUCGCCCUGCUCCCGGUCUACAUCUUCACGGACCCCAUCCUCCGCCUGCUCCGGCAGUCCCCGGAGAUCUCCGCCGUGGCCGGGCGGUACGCGCGCUGGUGCGUGCCGCAGCUCUUGGCCUACGCCGUCAACUUCCCCAUGCAGAAGUUCUACCAGGCGCAGAGCCGAGUGUGGGUCAUGACGCUCAUCUCCGGCGCCGCCGUCGGCCUGCACGCGCUGAUCAACUGGGUCGUCGUCGCCAGGCUCCGCCGCGGCCUCCUGGGCGCCGCCAUGGUCGGCAACGCCUCCUGGUGGCUCAUCAACGCCGCGCAGUUCCUGUACGUCGUCGGCGGCUCCUUCCCGGAGGCGUGGACCGGGUUCUCGCGCAAGGCCUUCGCCAGCCUCGCCGGCUUCGUCAGGCUCUCCCUCGCCUCCGCCGUCAUGCUCUGGUUCCUACUACUACUUUCGUUGCUUCCUGCUCUAAUUAGGAGUAUCUACAUUACAGACGAAAUUGUGAGUAUAGGAGUGAUAUUUGUGCUGCAGCUUAGAGAUGUGGUUGAAUUCUGUUGCAACAGCAUGAACUACAACAUCUGGACACUAAUGGUAUCCGUUGGUUUCAAUGCCGCCGUGAGUGUUCGCGUGGCGAACGAACUUGGCGCCAAGCACCCGAAAGCGGCCAAGUUCUCGGUCGUGGUGGCGGUGGCCACGUCGGCCGCCGUCGGGCUCGUCUUCACGCUCGUCGCCCUCCUGGCGAGGAAGCAGCUGCCUAGGCUUUUCACCGACGACGAGCUCGUCGUCAAGGAGGCCGCGAAGCUGGGGUACCUUCUGGCAGCCACCAUAGGCCUCAACAGCAUUCAGCCGGUGCUAUCAGGAGUGGCCAUUGGAGCUGGGUGGCAGUCCUUGGUCGCCUGGGUCAACAUCGGCUGCUACUAUCUCAUCGGCCUGCCCCUCGCAGCUGUCCUCGGCUUCAAGCUGAAGCUUAACGCAACGGGGAUUUGGGUGGGGAUGCUGAUCGGCACGGUUCUGCAGACCGUCAUCCUGUUUAUGAUCCUCUUCAGAACCAAAUGGCAUAAAGAGGCUAUGCUGGCGGAAGAGCGGGUGCGGAACUGGGGAGGAAACGUCGAGCUGCCGACCGUCCAAGAAGCAAGAUGA